UGUGGUGGGGAGAUUCCCUGCUGUGCUGUGACCUCCUGCUGCCACCAUCUCUUUUUUUCUGAGUCAACUUUCACCAUGACACUGCAUAGAGACACCUGUUGGACGCGAUGACAGCUGACAAGGAGAAGAGAAGGGCGAUCAGCCGUGAGGCGGCCAGAAGGAGACGUCGAGUGGAGUCUGAUGUGUUCGGAGAUUUAUCCCAGCUCCUGCCGCUCCAACCCUCCAUCCGAGCGCACCUGGACAAGCCCUCCAUCAUUCGCCUCACCCUCAGCUACAUACGCAUGCACACACUGCUCAAAGGGAACUCAGGGACAAAAGCAGAGACCAGUCACGCAGUAAAACAUGGACAAGUGUUGGAAGGUGGAGAGGAAUGGCGUGUGCGUGAGGAUGAGGAGAAAGAGACGGAGGACGUCGAGGCCUUGGAGGAGACAAACAUGUACCUGAGGAUCCUGGAAGGAUUUCUGUUGGUCUUAUCCACUGACGGAGACAUGAUCUACCUAUCGGGCAAUGUCAGCAAAUACAUGGGCUUGACACAGACUGAGUUGAUGGGACACAACAUUUUUGAGUUUACCCACCCCUGUGACCACGAAGAAAUCAAAAACAAUCUACGGCUAACAGCAGAGGACGUUUGGUGCGGUGCAAAGAGGGAUUUUGUCAUGAGGAUAAAAAGCGCUCUGACACACAGAGGAAGGAGCACCAACCUCAAAUCAGCUACGUGGAAGGUUCUGCACUGUCAGGGCAGCGUGAAGGUGUGUGUCACUCCCUCUUCAGUUUCCUGCCUGCUGCUAACCUGUCAGCCUCUGCCCCUCUCACACACACUCCUCAGCACGCACACCUUCACCAGCCAGCACAGCAUGGACAUGAGGUUCACAUACUGUGACCAGAGAGUGACGUUGCUUCUAGGCUACAGUCCUGAGGAGCUGCUGGGUCGUUCCAUCUACGAUCUCUGUCACACACUGGACACAAACUGUUUGACCAAAAAUCAUCUGAACUUGUGUUGGAAGAGUCAGUCAGUCAGCGGUCAAUACAGGAUGCUGGUGAGAGGAGGAGGUUACGUCUGGGUGGAGAGUCACAGUGCUGUCAUCCCCAGUUCCCGACCAUCCAAGUCCAGACCCAGCACCCACCAGCCUCUCUGCAUCCUCUGUGUUACCUAUGUCCUCAGUGGAGUGGAGGAACCAUCCCUGCAACUCUCUUUGGGCCAGACUGUCAACAGAUAUUUGUGCUAAACAGUCUGCUAAAUCCUCAUCCUGUACAAAACAAUCACCUGCUCUUCUUCUGUGAAUCACUUAUUUUCAUCAAACAUGCAAUUAUUAAAUAUGAAACUUUCUAAUUCAAAACAACUUUCUGUGUAUUUGUGUUG